AAACAUACUAAAAACAGAUUGACUUUCAGAUCAAGAUGACUUCGAAGACGAACCAAGACAGCGCCAAGGACAUUCCAAAGGAACACCACGUGCACAGGACGGGCUCAUGGCUUCCGGCGGACCACCGUCAUAUCAAGGAUUGGAUUUCAGACAUCAUCGAACAUGUCGACAAGAACCCAAAGGGCCUUCAUCCUGUAAUCAAGGAGUUUAAGGAGCUAAUUGAGGACAAUACGAGGAUCUACCUUCUCGUAAAUGCGAUGUUUGAGGAAGUGCCAUCGAAGAAGCCAUACGCAAACGAUCCCGCAGGCCACAAGCAGGUCCGAGACUACCAACACAUGCUGGAGUUAUUCAACCACCUCCUCACAACCGCACCUUCCUGGAGCGACAAAGAGUACUCGGUGGGCAUGGUCGGCACGCCAUUCAACGCCAUCCUUGACUGGCCUAUGGGCACUCCCAGUGGUUUCGCCUUCUUCCUAGAUCCCGCGGUCAACAAGAUGCUGAAGAAGACAUUGAACGCAUGGGCAGAGUUCCUAGGCUCGUCCGAUUCGGCAUACGUGCUCGGAGACGACACAAAUGGCUGGUUCAGCAAGCACGGCACAGAGGAUCUCGCCAUGACAGCGAACGUUGGCCAAACCGACUACAGCUUCGACCAGAUCUUCAAGUGCGAUCCCUCAAAGAAAUACAAGGGCUACACAUCUUGGGACAGUUUCUUCACUCGCGCCGUGCAGGAGGACAAGCGACCAGUCGCAUCCCCAGAUGACGACAGUGUCAUUGCCAACUGCUGCGAGUCGAAGCCAUACAAGGUUGCACGUGAUAUCAAGGCACGCGACACAUUCUGGGCGAAGGGCCAACCGUACUCACUGAAUGACAUGCUGUCGCAGGAUCCCCUGCACGAGAAGUUUAUCGGCGGUACAAUUUACCAGGCUUUCCUAUCAGCUCUAAGCUACCACCGCUGGCACUCACCUGUUAGCGGCAGGAUCGUCAAGUCCUACAAGGUUGAUGGCACAUACUUCUCCGAGCCACUCUUCGCAGGUAUUGGCGACCCGCAGGCAGACGGCAACAUGGAUAGUGCGGGUGAGAAAACGGGUCAAGGCUACCUCACUGCCACAGCCACAAGAGCUAUUAUCUUCAUUGAGGCAGACAACAAGGAUCUCGGCCUCGUGUGCUUCCUGGGUAUCGGUAUGACAGAAGUCAGCACGUGCGAGACCACAGUCAAGGAAGGUGACCAUGUCAAGAAGGGUGAUCAGCUUGGUAUGUUCCACUACGGUGGAAGUACGCACUGCGUCAUCUUCCAGAAGGGUGUCGAGCUGGAAGGCUUCCCCAGUACCGAGAACCCUGAGCACAACAUCCCUGUACGCUCGAAGCUGGCCGUUGUCAAGAAGAAGUAGACUCGUGGCAAUCAAGCCUGCGCGAUAUCGAAAUACACGUUAACUAA